AUGACUGGUUGGAACCAAAAAAUGGCCAAAAUGGCAUUUCGUCGCUCCAAAUUCCGGCGUCUUGCAUGGGGUGAUGGUGACCCGUAUCCUUAUACCCCUCGUGCAACUUUCCGUUACCAAUGGGAUGACUGGCCAUUAUGGGAAAAAAUUUGGCAUAUUGGAAUUGGAAUUGUGGGUGUUGAAUUUGCCAUGUGGGCGUAUUAUUCAAAAUUAAACAGUCGUAUGGAUUGGGCACGUGAAGAGGCAUUGCGACGCAUGCGUUUGAGACGGGAGGCGCAGGAACUUAUGAUAUUAGAGGGAGAGAAGUUUGAUAGCGAUAUUCAGCCGGAUAGACGAUAA